CUAAUUAACCCACAAUUUCUCUCUUCUCAAAUUCCCUCCAAAAUCCAUGGAUCAUUCCACCCACCAAUCCCUACCACAACCAUCAUCUUCCUCCACCCUUAAGGACACCCAAAUUCCACAAGAACGCCGCCUUUUGAUAAGCUACAACGGUCAAAUCCUCCCAAAUCCGCAUAACAACACCCUAUUUUACGCUAACGGCACAACCCGUUUCAUCUCCAUCCCUAAAACCACCGUAAUUUCUCUCUCUACCCUUUUCUCUCACAUCUCAAAACGCCUCUUCAAUGGAACCACCCACAAUUUUACUCUCAAAUACCUGCUUCCUCAUCAUGAUCUUGACUCAUUGAUUUCUAUCGCAUCUGAUGAAGAUCUUUUGAACAUGAUUGAUGAGUAUGAUCGGAAUUCCUCGUUGAAAUGUUCUACGCCGAAACGGAUACGAUUUUUUUUGUUUGUGAAAGAAGAUGAUGGUGAUGAUUGGUCCGGUGAUGAGGAAUCGAAGGUCGCCGGUUCGAAUACUGGUGAGGAGAAUUCGGAUGAAUGUACUGUUUUGGAAAGUAAUUUGAGCUUUGGGUCUACGAAAUCCUCUGAUUCCAAUUGUACGAAUAAGGAUAAUGUUAAUGGCGGUGGGUGUGGUUCUGGUGUUUCCGAUGAUUUGAAGAUUGCUUUGCAUUCCCUUGAUUCUAUAGGAAGUGACUUCAGCCUUCCCAGCCCACAUUUUAGCCCACAAGCUGUAGUGUAUCAAGAUCUAUUGGGAAUUUUUGACUCUAAACCUGCUUCUGUCAAUCUUAUUGAGACGGAAAGCAAUGCUUCUGAUUGUUCUCGUCAGAUUGACAUUCCGAGUCCCAUUCAGGUUCUUAUUCCUGGUUAUACGACCCCUAAACUGAUAAAUCAACCAGAACACCAAUCCUCACCUCGAGCACAGUAUAUUAACCACCAAGCUUCUCAAUCCAAUUAUGUCGCGCAAUAUUAUUUGAGUUCUAUUCCUGUUGCCUAUCCUCCAAUGUAUCCGACUUGUGUCCAUCCGCAACAGCACUACCAAUAUUUCUUAAAUAAGCCAUACCCCGUCUACAUGAUGCCUGUUGGGCAAACAAAAAAUCCUUAUGGUGUUUCUGUGAUGCAUAAUUCAAUAGUACCACCAAAUGCUUCUACAAGGCGACCUCAAACGCCUUCAAUGGUGUAUGAAGGGUAUGAACCUAUCAAUACAUCACAAUCCAUUGAGCAAACUCAAAAACCCCAUGAAACUUCCAUGAUGCAUACUUCGACAACUCCACCAAAUUCCAUAAGUCGACCUCAAGUACCUUCAAUGGUUUAUGAUGGGUAUAAACCUAUCAAUACAACACAAUCCGUUGAGCAAACACAAAACCCGUAUGGCAAGUUUAUGACGCAUCCUUUAACAACGCCACCAAAUGCUUCUACUAGUCGGCCUCAAAUACCUUUGAUGGUUUACGAAGGGUAUAAACCUAUGAAUACAACACCUGAAUAUGCUGGGGUAACACAGCCCUUGACUUUGCCUUCUAUGAAUCAACCAGCUCAACCUAUUACUCCUUCCCCUAUUGAAAAUUUCAAUAUCUUCGGUGACUAUGAAGAUCCAAUGCGGGCUCAGAUAUAUAAAACUCAACCUUCUGGUCCUAGUCCUACAUCAUCAUCUCAACUUCAAAUGUUACCAGAAAGAUUCUCUCAACUACAAAUGGAGAAUACGAAGCGUCAACUCUAAGCAUCGAAAAACACUGCUUUGAGAACAGUUUUGAGUAAGAUAUAUAGAUUUCACUACUGUAAUUUUCUUUUUCUCUGUUUAUCUUGCAAGUUCUCUUUUCUUUAUGCAAUAUGUUGUUCUAUUGCUCUUAUACAUGUUUGUAUAAGAGCCACUUUUUUUGCUCUUUUUGUUAUUUUUAGCUUAUGUGAAGAAUAGGUGCUUCAUAACCUCUGUGAAUAUUUGUAAGCAUUGUGAUUUUGUUCAUUUGACAUUUACCAAGUUAAUAUAUAAGUUUUAGUGUUA